ACUCUCAGCCUGGAACACGGUACCUUUUGGGUUCUCCCACACGGCCACACCCUUCUCCGCAUCCACCCCAGCCGUCUCCCCACACUCGCGCUCGCCGGCGGCCGCAGCCAAGGCAAGACGCCACCUCCCCACACCGGAUCUCCCAACUCCUUCGCUUGCCGCGCCAUUUCAAACCCCCGCCCAAAACCCUACCCCGACCAUGUCCGCCGACGCGCCGCCGCCGCCGCCCGCGACCUCCUCCGAUCCGCCCCCGCCCCCGCCGGACCCCGACGGGCCGCUCUCCCGCGGCUACCUCUCGCUCCGCCAGGCCGGCGCCGCCAGCGACGACGACGACGACCCCGCGCCCGCGCCCGCGCCGCCCGACGACAGCAGGUGCAGGGCGAUGAUGGAGGUGGUGCGGAAGGACGGGGCCGACGCGGACGCGGGGGGCAGGUGGAAGGUCUCCAAGCUCGUGCUCGACCACAACCACGCCCUCCAGGCCUCCGCCUCCGCCCCCGCCGUGCCGGCCCUCGGGAUGGAGUUCGACUCCGUGCACGACGCCAAGGGGUGCUACUACGGGUACGGCGACGCGGCCGGGUUCAAGGCGCGCACCGGCUCCAACCGCCGCUCGGCUGGCACGGGCGCCAUGAUCAUGCAGCGGUUCCUCUGCUGCAGGGGCAACUACUCCUACAGGAGGGGCAAAUCCGCCAAGGAUCUGGAUGCCGCGAAGCAGCUGGAGGAUGGCGCUGUGGGAAAUGAGGAGGGGAAGGCUGGUGCCUGCAAUAAGAGGGGCCGCAAGCCUGGGAAGAAAACCGCGCAGGCGAUCGAGGCGGAGAAGGUUGUUGUUGUUGCGACAGCUUCCACGGAGAAUGCGCAAGGGGUUCCUACUAGCAGGAUGGAUCUGCGGAGAGGUAGGGGUAAAAAGGAUCUUGCAGUUGCAGACAAGGAUGUCGACUCUGUCGUCAAACCGUUGCAAGCAAAUAGUCAGGCGGCGGAUGUUGCACAAGAUGGUGCCCCUGAUGGAGGUGCCGACGGCGACAAUGCUGACGGUAAUGCUGUUGAGGAUGAAACUGAAAAGGUGGCGGAGGUGAAGGAGAAGAGAGGGAGGGGGAGGCCCAGAAAGGCUGUUGCAGAGGGCAGCGCCCUGCAGGCAUGUGUCUCGAGCGACCUCAGUGCGACGGCGGCUUCGCAGUCCACUAACGUGGAAAGGAAGAACUUACUUAAUAAGUAUCUCGAGAAGCGACAGAGCAGACCUGCUGCAGGAAGGCCUGCCAAGAUUGUCUCCCGCCAAGCGUUGGCGGAAAGGCGUCAGCGUGGUGAUGGAGGUCGAUUUCUGGCAAGCGAAGGAGUGCAGCCUUCAAGGCAACCUUCAGAAAGGCGCUCCAAACGUCUUGAGAAGCAGAAUCCUAAAAGAGAAGAGAUGCCUGAGAGUAAAGAAGAUGAAAUAAUUGAAGCAGAACCGGAUCCAGAAACUGAAGUAGUUGCUGGGCCUGGAGGACAGCCGAAAGUUGGAAUGGUUUUCCUGAAUGAAGACAAGGCCUAUGAGUUUUAUGUCAGCUAUGGGGGAACUGCAGGAUUCAAUGUCCGAAAAGGAUGCUCCGAGAAAACAUCAAAGAAUGUUAGGAUAUCUCGGGCUUAUGUGUGUUCUAAAGAGGGAUUCCGCCCUAAAAGUUUUACUGCCGAGCCAAAGAAACAGCGACCAGAAACAAGAACUGGCUGCCAAGCACACAUGACUGUUAAAAUCACAACUAGCGGCAAAUAUGUAGUGACUGAGUAUGUAGCUGAUCAUAAUCAUGAUCUUGAAGCACCCUUGGUGGACAUUCAGAUUGUGAGAUCACAUAAUUUAUUAGCAAAGUUACAGCAGCCGCCGGAUCCACCAAAAGUUGUUUUGAUACCAGAUGAUUAUAAAAAUUACAUUAGGACAAGGCGCACGAAAGAUAUGCAAUUGGGUGAUGCUCGGGCGAUUUGUGAGUAUUUACAGAGGAUGAAAGGCGAGAAUCCUUCUUUCUUUUAUUCCAUUCAGGUGGAUGAAGAAGACCAAUUCACAAAUGUAUUCUGGGCAGAUGUUAAAUCAAUGAUGGAUUAUAACUACUUCGGAGAUGUAGUUUGUGUUGACACAAGGUAUAGCACAAGUGAUUACGGUAGGCCUCUAUUGUUAUUCAUUGGAGUUAACCACCAUAAGCAGCCAAUCAUAUUUGGUGCGGCUUUUAUUUAUGAUGAAUCAGUUGAAUCUUUCAAGUGGUUGUUUGAAACAUUCAAAUCUGCUAUGAGCGGAAAGCAGCCAAAAACUGUUUUGACUGACCGCUCUACAUCAGUAAGGGAUGCAGUUGCUUCUGCUUGGCCAGGGACUGUCCACCGUUGCUCACUGUUGCAUUUGUAUCAAAAUGCUACCAAGCUAUUAAGGGAUACAUUCCAAUGCUCUGAGACUUUUGCCCAUGAUUUUAGUAGGUCUUUGUAUGACUAUGAGGAGGAAGUGGACUUCUUAUCAAGCUGGGAAAUCCUCUUAGAGAAAUACAAUCUGAAGGAUAAUGAGUGGCUAAGUAAAUUGUAUGAGGAUAGAGAAAGAUGGGCUUUGCCUUAUGGGCGUGAUAUAUUCUGCGGGGCUAUUGCAGGCACACUUCGAAGUGAUAACACGGAUGCCAUCCUUGCAGAUAUUCUUAAAACAGAAAUUGAUCUUCCGUACUUCUUUAACAGAUAUGAUAGAUUUUUGGAGGAGAAACGUCUAGCUGAACAACAAGCUGACUACCUUGCUGUCCAAAUGACACAGAGGGUAGCACCUCUGCGAUUACUUUGGCAAGCUGCUAAUGCAUAUACUCCUACACUGUUUGAGAUGUUCAAGUCAGAAUUUGAAUUGAUCUUGGAUUGCAUGGUCUAUAACUGUGGUGAAAUUGGACCCAUAUCUGAGUAUGAGAUAACUGUCAAAAACAGGCCUCGGGCUCAUUUUGUUAGAUUUGACUCGUCACAAUAUAUGGUUGUUUGUAGCUGCAAGAAGUUUGAAAAUGUAGGUCUUCCAUGUUGCCAUGUACUGAAAGUUCUUGAGAUCAGAAAUAUUAAAGAAAUUCCACCACACUAUAUUUUGAAAAGAUGGCGAAAGGAUGCUCAGAGUGAACCUUCAAAGGAGAAUUGUGGUUCUGCUGUUGUGGAUGAAGAUCCCAAGUUCUCCAUGUCUAAAAGGUACAACUCACUGUAUCGAACUUUAUAUAAAGUUGCAGCAAAGGCUGCAGAAAAUGUUGAAGCUCAUACAUUUAUGGAGAACCAAUAUGAUCAGCUCCUGGAGCAAGUCGAGCUUGUUUUGCAAGCAAAGCUGCAUGAUAAACCUUCCUUAAGCACUAUCCUGAAAAGUCACCAGCAAAAUUUGCUUCAGAACGAUACCACCAACAUUGAACCUCAAAGAGCAAGUACUAAGAAAAAGAAAAAUGCAGAAAUUCGUCGCCGGCAGCAAAGUCCUCUUGAAUCAAGUAAGAAGAAAAAGGGUAGACAAGGUCCAGUGGAGCUCGAUGAUGCUGAACUCCCACUUAAUGUGGUUGUUCCUCCUGCAGUAUCGAAUGACAUUCCAAGUCACAUUAGGAUUCCAACCAACCAGUUUCUUGAACCAAGCCAUAUGAUGCAGCUUUGUCAAAACAGGCACCUUAUGUUACACAGCAGUUCGGCCUUAAUUCUCUUCAAGGAUUUGCUGGCAUGUCACCGUUUGGUCAGAUGCAGGAACCAUCACAUGUUCACCUUCAGCAACCUCAUCUACAACAACCACCCUUUCAUAGUGUUCCUCAAAUGCACGAGGCUCCCCCUCCAGAUAUUCAGUCAUUGCAGUUCCUUAGUAGCAAUACUCAGCUGGGCCACCAGACAACGGAUCAAGGCCAGUACACCAUCCCAGUCUGGGAUUUCCUGUGAUGUAGCAUGUGUUCAUGCCAGAAUGUAGAAACUGUAUUAUUCAAGCUGUAAAUUAUGUAACGAAAAAUAGUGUAGAAACCGAGAUAUCCUCCCUUCCCACCUUGUUUAUAUGAAUAAAAAUCUGGAGCAUUAGUUAAA